AUGUUUGUGGGUCAGGGAGAGUUUACUGCAGUUACAGCGGGCAGGGCGGAACUGCUGAGCGCCGUUGAGUGUCGAAGGAAGACGGAGAGUCUCCGCCGAACUAUAGCAGCAGAGUUACUAACAUGCCAGUGUUUCGACUUAAAUCCUCAGCUUUCUAACAACACUUCGGAUAGCGUCACGGCGUGUUUGCUGUUCGUGUCGGAGGUGUUUAAACUUUCCUCACGUUUCCCCCCCUCUAACGUAUUUCCACGAAGGGAGGCGGCGGUGGAGCGCUCGGCAGCCAUCUUUGGACCUGCCUGGGAGUGGGAUACGACUAUUCUGGCACCCCAGAUACUUCGAGGGUGGGGAUUUUUAACCUACAGUAUUUCACAAAUCUGUACGUUUUUAUCGACUGACAACGUUAAGAACCACGCGGAUUGAGUGAGUCGAAUAACCGCGUUUGGGAUGAGACAGGAGGAGCACUUUAAUAAUCCCAAACUGUUUGUGAAUUACACGGUAAUCUGAACAGUGCUGAAACCUGGCCUGUCAGGAGAGGGUGAGUUUCAGCUAACUGGCUAAGCUAUCUUAGCAAACACCACAGAGGUUAGCUUGCUACUUUAGCAAUUCAUGGCAAAACCCUCUAAAAAGUUUGUUAAAUAUAAUAACAUCCUUGUAUUAAGCAUAUGUUCUCAUUAUUUACUCGAAACGUAUCUUAGCUUGACGUUAAGUGUGGUUUUGCUAACAUUACAGUGAACGUUGGCUAGCUAAGAGCCUCUGAAAUCCCUGAUUUGUUUGCGCACGUUUGAGAGUGAUCUUGGGUCUGUACGUUUCAGGACUUAGUGGGUUUGACUUGCUUGUGUGACAGCUAAAUCAGCUUUGGUAAAGUGACAACUUUUGAGGAAAUCCCACUAAGUCCUUUCUCUAAUUCCACUCAUGUUGCAACACAGCUGAGGUGUUACCCAAGUAGCCACAGGUAACUUGGGAUACAACAUGUUGGGCUGGGCUCUUGAGUUUACCUCAGGUAUGAUCAUUUUAUGUUUGCUUUAAGGCAAACUUUGUAUACCAAUGGUUUGUAAAAAUAUUGUUCAGCACUGUACUAACAAGAUCAUGUCUUAUUCCCACAGAAAAACCCUUAAUAUGUGUACUGUAAUGUAGGCCUAUACAAUAACACUUACUCAGAGGGGCAAAAAAAGAGAGUGUUAUUCUUUGACAUGGAUGGGAAAGACUAAGAAUACACUGGAGAUUUAAAAAAAAUCUUAUUUUUUGUUUUGGUUUUUGAUAUUUCAUGACUUGACUAACCAACACGACUUACAAUCUCUAUCCAUUUGAUUCAAAAAUACAUUUGUUUUUUGAUAACUAAACUCUUAAACCUGUAUUUAAUUGUCUGUAUUGACCAUCUGGAUGCACGCCAUGGCUGUGAAGUCAAGACAGACAGAUAAUCACUGGUCAAAAUGCUCACCAGGGCCCCUUCCUACCUCCCUAUAGCUGUGCUAACAGGAAAUGCUGAGAAAUGCAGCGCAGUGAGGACAUACAUUGGGAAUUCCAGCCCUCCAGCUUUUGUUGUCCUGUCCUGCUGCAUUCUUGUGCAUGUGCGAGUCUGUGUUGGUUGGAACGCAAGGGUGUUUUAUGGAGGUAUCAGUUAUCAUCACUCACUUUUGUUGAUCACGUGUCACCAGUUGAAAAUGCCAUCAUGAGAUAUGACAACAAGGCUCAUUCAUGAGCAACAAUGUAGUAAGGAACAAUGGCAAUAAAGAGGCACAGUCCCACAUGGUAAUGAGGCUUUAUUUCAGGGCCGUGGUUGCAUCUGUGAGGAAGAGUGAGUUGUUCAGUGUUGUUUUGAGACAAAAGAUGUCUGCUUGAACUGGGGGCUGUUUCUCCCAGGCUGGGAAAGAAGUCUUGUGACUCUAGCGUCAGCUCUGCAUCUGUUUGCAGCUGAUCAUCUGAGCCGCAUGGACUCAGUAAACUUGUCUUCAGUGAUCUUUUACAGUCUACAUCUGUACCGCAGCAGUUAAGCCGUUCAGCAAACUUUUUAAUGGGCAGCUAACAGUUUGAAGUUUAAUCCUGACAUUGGCGUUAUGUCUGACAUUUUAAAGGGUAAGUUCAUACAGCAUUUGGAAAACAAACAAACAAAAAAAACAUUCUUCCUGGUGGUGUCUUGUCAAGCAGAUAAGGUUUAACAUGGUGAACUUUUCAGAUAAGGUGAAUUCACACACCCCACACCCUGUCAGUAUUUUUAACCCUCUGAGUAAGACAGUUACAGUUGCUCUUGGGUAUGUUGAUCGAUUACUUUAAGUACAGGGUAGUUGUGGAAAGGAGAGUAUGUCAGUGAGCAGCACAAAAAAGUUUUCUACCUGGAUCACAGUAGGGUGCUCCUCUGUGGUUAUCGAAAACCUUGGAAAUAGGAAGCAGAACUAGCCACAAAAUAUUUUGAAUGACUAAGAAAAGGAUUUCUUGGGUGACUCUGGCGAACUAGCCCUUUAAUCACUUGAAGGAAGAUUUUAUGGGCAACGUUUGGUAUGUUUGAGAUGCGUGUUUACCGAGUACAGGUUUAACAAGUAGUCCUAUCACUGGAAUGCUUUGUUUCAGUUCAGGCAUCUGUCUCUGAGAAGAAGCAAGUUGUUGGCUCUCUGUCUUUGUUCGAGUCUGAGUUUGUCGGCUUUGUAUCCUCCUCACAUCUGUCUGUCUACAUAGCAGUCACUGAAGGUGUGUGGGGAGGUUGUCAGGACACAGCCCACUGAUUUCCUAACUGUGGUUGCUGUCACUAUGGAAACAGAAGACUUAUCUGUUGUUACUGCAGGAUUUCCUACAGGCAAUUUUCCACAUGUGGACCUUAGUUAAGGCUUUAGGUCUUAGGUUUUGGCUGCAUUGGUGGACUGGCUUUGCCGACACGUGUCUUUUUGCUACGUUUGACCUAAACAAACAAUAUGAUAAAAUUCAAACCAUUACAAAGCUGUAUUUCUGUACUGCUGAUUCGUUUAGUCAGUGAACUCAUCCUUGAUUUUCCUUGUACUUUUCAGCUCUUAA